AUGGAGCAAACAGUGCUUGUACCACCAGGACCUGACAGCUUCAACUUCUUCACCAGAGAAUCUCUUGCGGCUAUUGAAAGACGCAUUGCAGAAGAAAAGGCUAAGAAUCCCAAACCAGACAAGAAAGAUGAUGAUGAAAAUGGCCCAAAGCCAAAUAGUGACUUGGAAGCUGGAAAGAACCUUCCUUUUAUUUAUGGAGACAUCCCUCCAGAGAUGGUGUCAGAGCCGCUGGAGGACCUGGACCCGUACUAUAUCAAUAAAAAAACUUUUAUAGUAUUGAAUAAAGGGAAGGCCAUCUUCCGGUUCAGUGCCACCUCUGCCCUGUACAUUUUAACUCCCUUCAAUCCUCUUAGGAAAAUAGCUAUUAAGAUUUUGGUACAUUCAUUAUUCAGCAUGCUAAUUAUGUGCACUAUUUUGACGAACUGUGUGUUUAUGACAAUGAGUAAUCCUCCUGACUGGACAAAGAAUGUAGAGUACACCUUCACAGGAAUAUAUACUUUUGAAUCACUUAUAAAAAUUAUUGCAAGGGGUUUCUGUUUAGAAGAUUUUACUUUCCUUCGGGACCCAUGGAACUGGCUCGACUUCACUGUCAUUACAUUUGCAUACGUGACAGAGUUCGUGGACCUGGGCAAUGUCUCAGCGUUGAGAACAUUCAGAGUUCUCCGAGCCCUGAAAACAAUUUCAGUCAUUCCAGGCCUGAAGACCAUCGUGGGGGCCCUGAUCCAGUCAGUGAAGAAGCUCUCCGAUGUCAUGAUCCUGACUGUGUUCUGUCUGAGCGUGUUUGCACUGAUUGGGCUGCAGCUGUUCAUGGGCAACCUGCGGAAUAAAUGUGUACAAUGGCCUCCUACCAAUGCUUCCCUGGAGGAACACACUAUAGAGAAGAAUGUAACCAUGAAUUACAAUGGCACACUUGUCAAUGAAACUCACACUGAGUUUGACUGGAAAUCGUAUAUUCAAGAUUCAAGGUAUCAUUAUUUUCUGGAGGGUCUUUUGGAUGCCUUACUAUGUGGAAACAGCUCUGAUGCAGGCCAAUGUCCAGAAGGAUAUAUGUGUGUGAAAGCUGGUAGAAAUCCUAAUUAUGGCUACACAAGCUUUGAUACCUUCAGCUGGGCUUUUUUGUCUCUGUUUCGACUGAUGACUCAGGACUUCUGGGAAAAUCUUUAUCAACUGACAUUACGUGCUGCUGGAAAAACAUACAUGAUAUUUUUUGUGCUGGUCAUUUUCUUGGGCUCAUUCUACCUGAUAAAUUUGAUCCUGGCUGUGGUGGCCAUGGCCUAUGAGGAACAGAAUCAGGCCACCUUGGAAGAGGCAGAACAGAAAGAGGCUGAAUUUCAGCAGAUGCUUGAGCAGCUUAAAAAGCAACAGGAGGCAGCUCAGCAGGCAGCAGCUGUAACUGCCUCAGAGCAUUCCAGAGAACCUAGCGCCGCAGGUGGGCUCUCCGACAGCUCAUCUGAAGCCUCCAAGUUGAGUUCCAAGAGUGCUAAGGAAAGAAGAAAUCGGAGAAAGAAAAGAAAACAGAAAGAGCAGUCUGGUGGGGAAGAGAAAGAUGAGGAUGAAUUCCAUAAAUCUGAGUCUGAAGACAGCAUCAGAAGGAAAGGGUUUCGCUUCUCCAUCGAAGGGAAUCGAUUGACAUAUGAAAAGAGGUACUCCUCCCCACACCAGUCUUUGUUGAGCAUCCGUGGCUCCCUAUUUUCUCCAAGGCGAAAUAGCAGAACAAGCCUUUUCAGCUUUAGAGGGCGAGCAAAGGAUGUGGGAUCAGAGAAUGACUUUGCUGAUGAUGAGCACAGCACCUUUGAGGAUAAUGAGAGCCGGAGAGACUCCUUGUUUGUGCCCCGACGACAUGGAGAGCGGCGCAACAGUAACCUGAGUCAGACCAGUAGGUCUUCCCGGAUGCUGGCAGUGUUUCCAGUGAAUGGGAAGAUGCACAGCACUGUGGAUUGCAAUGGUGUGGUUUCCUUGGUUGGUGGACCUUCAGUUCCUACAUCGCCUGUUGGACAGCUUCUGCCAGAGGUGAUAAUAGAUAAGCCAGCUACUGAUGACAAUGGAACAACCACCGAAACUGAGAUGAGGAAGAGGUCAAGUUCUUUCCAUGUUUCCAUGGACUUUCUAGAAGAUCCUUCCCAAAGGCAAAGAGCAAUGAGUAUAGCCAGCAUUUUAACAAAUACAGUAGAAGAACUUGAAGAAUCCAGACAGAAAUGCCCACCCUGUUGGUAUAAAUUUUCCAACAUAUUCUUAAUCUGGGACUGUUCACCAUAUUGGUUAAAGGUGAAACAUAUUGUCAACCUGGUCGUGAUGGACCCAUUUGUUGACCUGGCCAUCACCAUCUGUAUUGUCUUAAAUACUCUUUUCAUGGCCAUGGAGCAUUAUCCAAUGACGGAACAUUUCAAUAAUGUGCUUACAGUAGGAAACUUGGUUUUCACUGGGAUCUUUACAGCAGAAAUGUUUCUGAAAAUUAUUGCCAUGGAUCCUUACUAUUAUUUCCAAGAAGGCUGGAAUAUCUUUGAUGGUUUUAUUGUGACACUUAGCCUGGUAGAACUCGGCCUUGCCAAUGUGGAAGGAUUAUCAGUUCUCCGUUCAUUCCGACUGCUUCGAGUUUUCAAGUUGGCAAAAUCUUGGCCAACAUUAAAUAUGCUAAUAAAGAUCAUUGGCAACUCAGUGGGGGCUCUGGGUAACCUCACCUUGGUGUUGGCCAUCAUCGUCUUCAUUUUUGCUGUGGUUGGCAUGCAGCUGUUUGGUAAAAGCUACAAAGAUUGUGUCUGCAAGAUCUCCACCAACUGUCAGCUUCCACGCUGGCACAUGAAUGACUUUUUCCACUCCUUCCUAAUAGUGUUCCGCGUGCUCUGUGGAGAGUGGAUAGAAACCAUGUGGGACUGUAUGGAGGUUGCUGGUCAAGCCAUGUGCCUUACUGUCUUCAUGAUGGUUAUGGUUAUUGGAAACCUGGUGGUCCUGAACCUCUUUCUGGCCUUGCUUCUGAGCUCAUUUAGUGCAGACAAUCUUGCAGCCACAGAUGAUGAUAAUGAAAUGAACAACCUCCAAAUAGCUGUGGACAGGAUGCACAAAGGAGUAGCUUAUGUGAAGAGAAAAAUAUAUGAAUUUAUUCAACAAUCGUUUGUCAGAAAACAAAAGAUUCUAGAUGAAAUUAAACCACUUGAUGAUCUAAACAAUAAGAAAGACAGUUGUAUGUCCAAUCAUACAACAGAAAUUGGAAAAGAUCUUGACUAUAUUAAAGAUGUGAAUGGAACCACAAGUGGAAUAGGAACCGGCAGCAGUGUUGAAAAAUACAUUAUUGAUGAAAGCGAUUACAUGUCAUUCAUAAACAAUCCCAGUCUUACCGUGACUGUACCAAUUGCUGUAGGAGAGUCUGACUUUGAAAAUUUAAACACAGAGGACUUCAGUAGUGAAUCAGAUCUGGAAGAAAGCAAAGAGAAACUUAAUGAAAGCAGUAGCUCCUCUGAAGGCAGCACUGUAGACAUUGGCGCACCUGCAGAAGAACAGCCUGUAGUGGAACCUGAGGAAACCCUUGAACCUGAAGCCUGUUUCACUGAAGGCUGCGUACAAAGAUUCAAAUGUUGUCAAAUCAGUGUGGAGGAAGGCAGAGGAAAACAAUGGUGGAACCUGAGAAGAACGUGUUUCCGAAUAGUGGAGCAUAACUGGUUUGAGACCUUCAUUGUUUUCAUGAUUCUCCUUAGCAGUGGUGCUCUGGCAUUUGAAGACAUAUAUAUUGAUCAGCGAAAGACAAUUAAGACGAUGUUGGAAUAUGCUGACAAGGUUUUCACUUAUAUUUUCAUUCUGGAAAUGCUUCUAAAAUGGGUGGCAUAUGGCUAUCAAACAUAUUUCACGAAUGCCUGGUGUUGGCUGGACUUCUUAAUUGUUGAUGUUUCAUUGGUCAGUUUAACAGCAAAUGCCUUGGGUUAUUCAGAACUUGGUGCCAUCAAAUCUCUCAGGACACUAAGAGCUCUGAGACCUCUAAGAGCCUUAUCACGAUUUGAAGGGAUGAGGGUGGUUGUGAAUGCCCUUUUAGGAGCAAUUCCAUCCAUCAUGAAUGUGCUUCUGGUUUGUCUUAUAUUCUGGCUAAUUUUCAGCAUCAUGGGCGUAAAUUUGUUUGCUGGCAAAUUCUACCACUGUAUUAACACCACAACUGGUGACAUGUUUGAGAUCUCCGAAGUGAAUAAUCAUUCUGAUUGCCUAAAACUAAUAGAAAGAAAUGAGACUGCCCGAUGGAAAAAUGUGAAAGUAAACUUUGAUAAUGUAGGAUUUGGGUAUCUCUCUUUGCUUCAAGUUGCCACAUUUAAGGGAUGGAUGGAUAUAAUGUAUGCAGCAGUUGAUUCCAGAAAUGUGGAACUCCAGCCUAAGUAUGAGGACAGUCUAUACAUGUAUCUUUACUUUGUUAUUUUCAUCAUCUUUGGGUCCUUCUUCACCUUGAAUCUGUUUAUUGGUGUCAUCAUAGAUAAUUUCAACCAGCAAAAAAAGAAGUUUGGAGGUCAAGAUAUCUUUAUGACAGAAGAACAGAAGAAAUACUAUAAUGCAAUGAAAAAAUUGGGAUCAAAAAAGCCACAAAAGCCUAUACCUCGACCAGGAAACAAAUUUCAAGGAAUGGUCUUUGACUUUGUAACUAGACAAGUCUUUGACAUCAGCAUCAUGAUUCUUAUCUGUCUCAACAUGGUCACAAUGAUGGUAGAAACAGAUGACCAGAGUGAAUAUGUGACAAACAUUCUGUCGCGCAUCAACCUGGUGUUCAUUGUGCUGUUCACUGGAGAAUGUGUGCUGAAGCUCAUCUCCCUCCGCCAUUAUUAUUUUACCAUAGGCUGGAAUAUUUUUGAUUUUGUGGUCGUCAUUCUCUCCAUUGUAGGCAUGUUUCUGGCCGAGCUGAUAGAAAAAUACUUCGUGUCCCCUACCCUGUUCCGAGUGAUCCGUCUCGCCAGGAUUGGUCGAAUCUUGCGUCUGAUCAAAGGGGCGAAGGGGAUCCGCACGCUGCUCUUUGCUCUGAUGAUGUCCCUUCCCGCCUUGUUUAACAUUGGCCUCCUGCUCUUCCUGGUCAUGUUCAUCUACGCCAUCUUUGGAAUGUCCAACUUUGCGUAUGUUAAGAGGGAAGUUGGAAUUGAUGACAUGUUCAACUUUGAGACCUUUGGCAACAGCAUGAUCUGCCUGUUCCAAAUUACCACCUCUGCUGGCUGGGAUGGAUUGCUAGCACCUAUUCUCAACAGUAAACCACCUGACUGUGAUCCUAAUAAAGUUAACCCUGGAAGCUCUGUUAAGGGAGACUGUGGGAACCCAUCUGUGGGGAUUUUCUUUUUUGUCAGUUACAUCAUCAUAUCGUUUCUAGUUGUGGUGAACAUGUACAUCGCUGUCAUCCUGGAGAACUUCAGUGUCGCUACUGAGGAAAGCGCAGAGCCCCUGAGUGAGGAUGACUUUGAGAUGUUUUAUGAGGUUUGGGAGAAGUUUGAUCCUGAUGCCACCCAGUUCAUGGAAUUUGAAAAACUAUCUCAGUUUGCAGCUGCUCUUGAACCCCCUCUCAAUUUGCCGCAACCGAACAAACUCCAGCUCAUUGCCAUGGACCUGCCCAUGGUCAGUGGGGACCGGAUCCACUGUCUUGACAUCUUAUUUGCUUUUACAAAGCGGGUUCUGGGAGAGAGUGGAGAGAUGGAUGCCCUUCGAAUACAGAUGGAGGAGCGAUUCAUGGCUUCUAAUCCAUCAAAGGUCUCUUAUCAGCCAAUAACUACGACUUUAAAAAGGAAACAAGAGGAGGUGUCUGCUGUAAUUAUUCAGCGUGCUUACAGGCGCCACCUUUUAAAGCGAACUGUAAAACAAGCUUCAUUUACCUAUAAUAAAAAUAAAAUCAAAGGUGGGGCUAACCUUCUUGUAAAAGAAGACAUGAUAAUUGACAGAAUAAAUGAAAACUCUAUUACAGAGAAAACUGAUCUGACCAUGUCCACAGCAGCUUGUCCACCUUCCUACGAUCGGGUAACAAAGCCAAUCGUGGAAAAGCAUGAGCAAGAAGGCAAAGAUGAAAAAGCCAAAGGGAAGUAA